AUGGUGCCCGGCUCCCUAAAGAAGCCAAUCCUGGCUCUGAACCGCCUCAUCGGGCACUCCACAGCCAAAAACCACAUGACCAAGCCGCACAUCGGCAACAUCGCCGCCCUCGAAAACGACACCCAACACGAACGCAAAAUCGAAAAGGCCCAGAACCAACUGGCCAAAAAAGACGAGCGCGAACACGAACGCCGCUCCUUCCAGCACCGCCGACAAGAACGUGAAGAGCGCGCACACGAGGAAGACCCGCCCGAGAUCGCGGCCCGGUAUGGCACUAAGACGGACGAUGUGCUUGAGAAAACCCAGGCGAUCCGUAUCGAGGCGGCCGACCGGGCGCAUGCCGGGAAGGAAGUGUGCUUCAUCGCGCGCGUGCAUCAUGUGCGGUGCAUGAGCUCCAAGUUGGCGUUUAUUAUCUUCCGCGACCAGAUUGAGCUGGUCCAGGGCGUGCUGGCGUACCGCGAGGGGGUCGUCUCGGAGAACUUUGUGCGUUGGGCUGAGCACCUGACUACGGAGGGGUACGUGUUGGUCCGGGGCACACUGCAGGAGCCGCCGGAGAGGAUUAAGGGGUGCUCGAUUCACGAGCUGGAGGUGCGCAUCGAUGAGAUGCAUUCUGUCGUACCGGUUCAGGAACACCUCCCCGUCGACCCUGUGACGAUGGACCGCGUAGAGGAGGACGAGGAGACACACCAGAUGGAAGCCAUGGCGUCAACGCGGGUGCGGGUAGCCAACCGGAUCGCGUACCUGCGAACUCCUACUGCGCAGUCCAUCUUCCGCAUCAACGCGGCGGUGUGCAGCAUUUUCCGGUCGGUGCUGGAAGGCAAGGACUUUGUGGAGAUCCACACGCCCAAGCUGAUGCCGGGCGCGACGGAGUCGGGCGCGGAGGUGUUCCGGGUGAAUUACUUUGGGCGCACGGCGUUUCUGGCGCAGAGCCCGCAGCUGUGCAAGCAGAUGAGCAUCUCGGCGGAUUUUGGAAGGGUGUUUGAGAUUGGGCCCGUGUUUCGUGCUGAGGACAGCAACACCCAUCGGCAUUUGACGGAGUAUACGGGGCUGGACCUGGAGAUGGCUAUUAACUACGACUAUCACGAGGCGAUGGGGAUUAUCGAUGACCUGUUGAAGAGCAUCUUCCGUGGGUUGUACUCGCGCUGCCGACGGGAGAUCGACACGGUAAAGACCAGGUUUCCUCACGAGGAUUUGGUUUGGCUGGACGAGACGCCGGUAUUGACGUUUACUGAGGCGGUGGAGCUGCUCAACUCGUCGGGCUGGACGGAUGACCACGGCCGGCCGGCGUCGGAAGUGGAAGACCUCAGCACGCGGGCGGAGAUCCGCAUCGGCGAACUGGUCAAGGAAAAGUACAAGACGGACUACUACAUCAUCGACAAGUUCCCCGCGUCAGCACGGCCGUUUUACACGCACCUCGAUGCCAAAGAUCCCCGCUUCACCAACUCAUUCGACAUCUUCCUACGCGGGCAAGAGAUCACCACGGGCGGGCAGCGCAUCCACAAGCCGGAGCUUCUCAAAGAGCGGAUGCUCAAGGCAGGUGUCGAGCCUAGCGGAGUGGAGGAGUACAUGCAAGGCUUCGAAUACGGCGUACUCCCCCACGCCGGCUGCGGCAUUGGCCUCGAGCGGAUCCUGUUCCUCCUUCUCAACCUCGGCGACAUCCGCAACGCCUCCUUAUUCCCACGCGACCCCAAAUCCCUCCAAGAACACAAACAAUCCAUCACCCGUCUCCCGCACCCCGACGCCGACACCAUCCGCUACGCCUACGACUACGAACACAACUAUCCGGACCUCCAACUACCCCCCGUGGAGAAACUCAUCGCCAACUACGGCGACGCCACCAACACCUCCUGGCUCGACGACCGCUACACCGUCUGGCGCCACGAGCAAACGGGCGCAGCCGUCGGCUACGCAGCCGACAACGGGUACGCCCUAGUCAUGGGCAACCCGCUCUGCGACCCGCACCAGUACCAGCCCGUGAUCCAGGCGUUUCUCAAGCACAUGCGCAAGCGCGAGGAUUUACGCCCGCUGUGGCUCCUAGUCAGCGCGGAUAUCGAAGAGAUUUUGGGGUCCAAACUCGGCUGGCGCAGUCUCAGUUGUGUAGCCGAAGAGCGGGUAUCUAUUGAGUCUGCGAAGAAAGUCGGGAAAAAAGAGCGUCAGGCCGAAGAAGCGGGCGUUAGCAUCCACGAACAACCCCUCGAUGAGCCGGUGCCGCAAGAGCUUCGAGAGCGAUGCGAUAAACGCAUCGAGGAUUGGAAAAACAACCGCAAGGGCAGUAAGCAGGUGCACAUCACUGAAGUCCGCCCGUGGAUUGAUAUGGAACACAGGCGGUAUCUAUGGGCGGAGACCAAAGACGGGGAGAUUGCCGCGUUGUGUGUGCUGCACCGGUUAUCGCCUGCCAACGGGUACCAGAUCAAGUUUGCGCUGGAUUUCCCGGGGUCGCCCAGCGGCACGAUCGAGGCGUUGAUUUCGGGGGCGAUUCAGAGUUUGGCGAAGGCUGGGGUGCAGAAUGUUACUUUUGGGGCCGGGGCGUUACCGGAGAUGGUUACCGGGGGGAAUCUGGAUGGGGUGCGAGCGAGGAUUUUGAGCAAGACGUAUAAGGCGAUUGCGCAGCAGUUGAAGUUGGUGCAGAAGAGUGAGUUUCGGGAGAAGUUUGGGACGAGGAAUGAUUUGGUGUAUAUUUGUUAUCCGUUUAUGGGGUUGGGGGUCAGUGGAGCGAGGACGUUGAUUAAGUUUUUUGAGGAUGAGAUGUGA